AUGGCAUCCUCAGAAAACAACAACAACAACAACUUCACUUCGCCUUAUUCAUCUACCUCCAAGACCUACAAGGAAGAUGAACAAGAUCGAAUUUUCCAACAACUGCUACAUCCUGAAAAAGAGCUCAACAAGAUCGGAGUUAGCCUAGCACUAGUGCCCACCCUCUACGGAAUACUAUUUUGUUGGGAGAGAGGAAUUCAGGCAUUCCUUGUGCUCACCUUUGGAGAAAUUUCAUCACAAAUUCUGCUCAACGUGGUGAUUCAACGAUUUGCCACGAACUUGACGCAAUUUUCAGUUAUCAAUUUGUUUCGAAUUCCCAUUAUCAUGAGUGUACAGUUUUUCAUGUAUUUCUUUUACGGACCCUUAGUGCCCUAUCACGUAUUUUCGAUAUUCCGAAUAUUAAUUGCCUCAAAUAAUUGUUAUUAUGACAUUCGAUUGUUACUAGUACAUGGGCUGGGAAAUGUAAUCUCUACCGUUGGAGGCAUGUAUUAUUCAUAUCUCAAAGAACGGCAUACGCUUUCUCCGUGUGAGGAGGCCAUAUUUCCCCACAAGUUGAUGGAAGUGAUUGUUUUACAGUACUUAGUUUGGGUCGGAUCAAUAUUAUUUUCGUAUUAUGUCAAAAAAAGAAAUGAUGAGUACACGGAAAACCAAAUAGAGAUUGCAAAGGAAAAACAUCUCAACACUGAAAAGACAAAGUUCAUUGCCAAUUUGAGUCAUGAAGCGAGAAAUUCAUUGCAAGGAAUCAUGGCAACAGUGGAAGUUUUGAAACACAAAUUUCAUGAUGGAAUUUGCAUGAAGAGUUGUGAACAUUGUUUCAAAAAGGACAGUGCCAUUUCUGAAUUGAUUGGAGAUAUUCAAUCAAGUGCAUCCAUAUUGUUGCACAUUUUGUCAUCCUCUUUGCAAAUGAGUUCACUUGAAAUGGGAACCAUCAAAUUGAAGAAUGAAGAAUUCAACAUUUUAUCAUUAUUUGAAUCAAUGACAGGAGUAUUUUCAUUGGAAGCUCAAGGUAAAAACCUUUCAUUGAAUUCAUUCUUUGAUGCAUCCAAAGUUCCAUUGAAUUUGAAAGGAGAUUCAGUUCGAGUGAGUCAAAUAUUGAUGAAUAUCAUUUCGAAUGCCAUCAAAUAUACUUCUCAAGGAUUUGUGAGAGUGAAUUGUACAUGUGCAAAUGAAAAAGAACUUGGAGAAUUUUACAAUGAAAUUGAAGAAGAAAAGAGUUAUGUGAAAUUUGAAUGUAUUGACACUGGAUGUGGAAUUGCUCAUGAUCAACUUGGAAAAUUAUUUCAACCCUAUUCUACGAUUGAUUCAAACACGGAUGUCACUCAUCGGUUUGAUUUUUAUUUCAAAACAGUUUCAAACAAUGCAAGUGUCAACAACGGAGGAAGUAGUUUGAUCAAUACAAAUAGAAAUGGUUUGGGUUUGAAUAUAACAAAACUACUGGUUGAGAAAAUGAAUGGAAAAAUUCAAAUUGCCAGUGCAUUAUCUAAAGGAACCACCAUCAGUGUAAUAAUUCCAUUCGAGAGAGUGAACGACCGCCCUGCUCUCAAAGAAGGAAUUAAGGAAAAACUACCUGUCAAUAGCAUACCAACGAUACUAAGCGAACCAUAUCCACCAAAUGGGAAGUUUUCAGCUAUUGUGAUUGAUGAAGAUGAAUAUUUUAGGAAAAACUUGAUACAGUAUUUGGAAUUGUUCAAGAGGGUGAAUACCAUUUUAGAAUUUGACUCUUUUCAAAGCUUUUCAAGUGAUUGUGAUCACACUCUACGUUUCUCUAUAACGCCACCACAACUUGACUCUCGUAUUCUGGUAUUUUGCAUGGAAGGGGACAUGCAGAACACUUCUCAACUCAUUCUCAAGUAUCGAAGUGAUUGUAAUAAUAUCCAAAUAGUCCCUACCUUACCAAGAGGAGCAACAAGACUAUUUUCUCACAAGGUGUAUCUUUCAAAGCCAGUUCAUUUUUCUGAUUUAUUUGAAAUUGUUGUUGGAGGCAACAUGGAACAGGAGCAACAUAAGGGUCAACCUAUUGAGAACAGAACAAACACCGACGAUUUUCUCGCAAAACCAGUCCUCGUUGCAGAUGAUAAUGCAGUGAAUCGAAAAAUCUUGGUGAAUAUUUUGAAAAUAAUUGGAUUCAAAGAUAUUGACACAGCAAAUGAUGGAUUGGAUUGUUUCAACAAAUUCAAACAGAAAGAUUAUUCAUUGAUUUUGUUGGAUUGUUUCAUGCCUGUCAUGACUGGAAGAGAAUCAUGUGAAAUGAUUCGAAAUUUUGAAAAACAAAAAGAUCGUGGAGAAAAACGAAUUCCAAUUUUUGCCAUCACUGCAAACACAUGGGAAACAAAAGAACAACUCUUAUCUCAAGGUUUUGAUGAUGUUUUAUACAAACCCAUCUCCCUCAAUGAUUUGAGAAAUAAGAUUAUGGAACUAAAUUUGGGCAUUCCACCAUCCAACCAAACUUUCAGUGGCUGCACUGAUCCAUCUGGUUUGUAA